GUCUCUCCCCGCCCGGCCCGGCCCGGCCCAGCCCCCCGCGCCCGCCAAUGGGCGGCGGGGGCGGGCCCGCGCGGGUCCGUGGGCCGGCCGGCACGGCUGUCUGUCCAGGGUAUGCUUUUCAGAGCACCCUGGCUUGUGAAGCAUUACCUGGUUAAACUGGAACUGAAACAGGACAACGCCAGCCCCUCCUGGUCCAGAAAAGGGCUCUGCCGUGGAACCGGCCCUCGGGAAGCAUGGGAAAGGGCUACAAGGUGGUGGUUUGUGGAAUGGCCUCAGUGGGAAAGACCGCAAUUUUGGAGCAGCUUCUCUAUGGAAAGCACACUGUCGGCUUAGAAGAGGGUGCCACGAUUGAAGAUGUGUAUUUGGCGUCGGUGGAGACAGACCGAGGCGUGAAGGAACAGUUGCGGCUUUAUGACACCAGGGGUCUGCAGGAAGGCGUGGAAUUGCCCAAACACUAUUUCUCCGUGGCUGACGGCUUCGUGCUGGUGUACGCCGUGACCAGCCUCGAGGCGUUCCAGAGAGUCGAGCUGCUCAAAAAGGAGAUCGAUGUCUUCAGGGACAAAAAGGAGGUUGCAGUUAUUGUCUUGGGGAACAAAACUGACCUCGUGGACCAAAGGCAAGUGGAAACAGAAGCAGCACAGCAAUGGGCAAGGGCCGAGAAAGUGAGACUGUGGGAAGUGACUGUGACAGAUCGGAAAACACUGCUUGAACCCUUCACCUUCUUAGCUAGCAAACUGUCCCAGUCCCAGAACAAGUCAACAUUUCCCUUGCCUGGAAGGAAGAGCAAAGGGAAUAACUGUGAAAACUAAACUAGCUUAGCAUUGUCUCCUGCUGCCAGGUCACAGUCUAAGUCCUUUUUGUGCCAUUUGCUCCUUGCAGUUUCACUUAAAGCAAUAAUAUCAUUCAGCAAUAAAAUCAGCAAGCUUAUAGUUAAGAGGUAUCCUUUCUUCUCAUAGACUUGGCUUGGAAAAGCUGCUGGUGGUAAAAGCAGUUAUUUUGCAGCCAGGGUUAUGGAGGAGGAAGGAAUAGAUGGAUACCUCUCUAGCAGGGGCUUUUACCAUGCCUGGAUACAGCCAUGUUGAGGGACAAAUCAACAAGCUUACCAGUAUGUAAUCCCUCUGCAGAUCUAUAGCCUGUAGUCACAAAAAGUAUUAACUGCAAUAAAGCAUUCCAUUUGGAAAGGUGA